AGGCGUUGCCAAAAACUGAUUGCCUGGCGUUGUGAAAUUCCUGCGCAGUAGAGCUGCGCAUAAGUGCCGCUGCCGCCAUUUCGCCGCACGUUGUGUCACUGGAGCUGAGAGCAGUAAAAAAGGCAUCAGCACCAUGGCGGACAAACUGACGCGUAUAGCCAUCGUUAACAACGAUAAAUGCAAGCCCAAGAAAUGUCGCCAGGAGUGCAAGAAGUCUUGUCCUGUCAACAGAAUGGGGAAACUCUGUAUAGAAGUGACACCAGCAGACAAACUUGCCUUCAUCUCUGAAGAGUUGUGCAUCGGAUGUGGUAUCUGUGCAAAGAAAUGCCCAUUUGAGGCCAUCUCCAUCAUCAACCUGCCCAGCAAUCUAGAGAAAGACACUACACAGAGAUACUCUGCUAACUCCUUCAAGCUACACAGGCUACCUAUCCCACGACCAGGCGAGGUGUUAGGACUGGUAGGGACCAACGGUAUCGGUAAAACCACCGCCCUCAAGAUUCUUGCGGGAAAGCAGAAACCCAACCUGGGCAGAUUUGAUGAUCCCCCUGAUUGGACAGAGAUCCUGAUGUAUUUCCGUGGCUCGGAGCUGCAGAACUACUUCACUAAGAUCCUGGAGGACAACCUGAAGGCUAUCAUGAAGCCUCAGUAUGUGGACCAGAUCCCCAAGGCUGUCAAGGGCACAGUACAGGCUCUACUGGACAGGAAGGAUGAGACAGGAACACAGGAGGAGAUAUGUGAUCAGCUUGAUCUGUUGAGGGUACGAGACCGUAAUGUAGAGGACCUGUCGGGAGGAGAGUUACAGAGAUUUGCCUGCGCUGUGGUGUGUAUACAGGCCGCUGACAUUUUCAUGUUCGACGAGCCGUCAUCUUACUUGGAUGUGAAGCAGCGUUUGAAAACAGCUAUUGCCAUUAGGAAGCUGGUGGCAGCAGACAGGUAUGUGAUUGUUGUAGAACACGACUUGAGUGUGCUGGACUACCUGUCUGACUUCAUCUGCUGCCUGUACGGCGUACCGGGCGCGUACGGAGUGGUCACCAUGCCGUUCAGCGUCAGGGACGGUAUUAAUAUCUUCCUGGACGGCUUCAUUCCCACGGAGAACCUUCGCUUCCGCGACAUGUCGCUUGUCUUCAAGGUGUCUGAGACGGCCGACAAGGAGGAGGAGAUCCAGAAGUUCCGCCGCUACAAGUACCCCGACAUGAGCAAGUGCCUGGGUGACUUCAGACUGCGCGUGAAGGAGGGCGAGUUCACAGACUCCGAGAUCAUCGUGAUGCUCGGAGAGAACGGUACCGGGAAGACAACCUUUAUCAGAAUGCUGGCAGGGCGGUUGAAACCGGACGAAGGUGGCGAGAUCCCCAUUCUGAACGUCAGCUACAAACCCCAGAAAAUCAGCCCCAAGUCACAGGGCACAGUUCGCCAGCUGCUCCACGAGAGGAUCCGUGACGCGUACAUUCACCCACAGUUCAUCUCGGACGUCAUGAAACCACUGGACAUGGAGAAGAUCAUUGACCAAGAGAUCCAGACCCUGUCUGGAGGUGAGUUGCAGCGCGUGGCACUGACCCUGUGUCUGGGGAAGCCUGCUGAUGUGUACCUGAUCGACGAACCCUCCGCUCAUCUGGACUCUGAGCAGCGUCUGUCUGCUGCCAAGGUUAUCAAGAGGUUCAUCCUGCAUGCCAAGAAGACAGGCUUCGUGGUAGAACACGACUUCAUCAUGGCGACAUAUCUCGCCGACCGCGUCAUCGUGUUUGAGGGAACACCGUCCAAGGAUUCCCUAGCCAACACCCCUCAGAUGUUGCUGACAGGAAUGAACAAGUUCUUGGAGUCCUUAGAGAUCACCUUCCGCCGAGACCCCAACAACUUCCGACCCCGUAUCAACAAGCUAAACUCAGUCAAGGACUCGGAACAGAAGCGUAGUGGCAACUACUUCUUCUUGGAAGACUAGAAGGAACCAAAAACAACAGGAAAUAGUUUCAUUGAAAAUGUCAAUGGAAGGCAUACCUGUGCGCUGAACUGAACGAUAUACCUUGAACUGAACAUUGUACCUUGCAGAAAUGUACGCUUGCAUACUAUCUACACCAAUGUACGUGGAAGCAUACUGAAAGAACACUAGCAACAAUGUUAAAAAAAAUGCCAGCUGCAUUUUGCUCAGUGUAUACUCUGUAAAUGUUAUAUAAUUUUGUGCCUAUUUGCAAAAAUGUAUGUGACGAUGGAAAGCCUAUGAGUACUUGUCUUUGUGACUUUGUGUGUAAAGACCAAAUUUUCUGAUACAAGUACUCAGUACAACUGAAUAGUUGUCUCCUUGGGAGGUACACUAUGCUUAAUGAUCUAUACUGCAUAAUGUUGAAGCUUUUCUUUUCAAUAUAUGUUUGGUAUCAUGAGGUAUCCUGACAGUAUGUCACGUGAAAUCUUUGAGUUGCUACAGAUGAAUUAUUAGCAUUGGGAAGGACGGAGGUGCCUAAGCAUCUCAGUUGUUAUAUGAAUUAAUUAGAUAAUUCUAUACUCAAGUCUUGGGUUCAAAAGACAUGAACAUCAUGACACAGUUAAGCUUCCCCUGCUGCCUGACCCUGUAACCAGGACACUUUUGGUGCCAAAAGGCUACUUCAGCUGGGUAAAGGUUAAAUCAAGGAGGUUAAAUACAGCCUAUAUGAAUUUUGUUUUACUACAGUAAAUACAUGUACUACUAUUGUGUCUAUAGCACCUUAUAGAAGGAUACUGAAACGCAGUAUAGUACUACUUAGCCCCUCUAUUAAGUAUCAGUCUUUUGUGCUCUAAUGUGUAUUAGUAUUAUCACUUAUUUAAAGUGAACUUUGGCUAAUGCGACUGUUUUGAGUGGAUGAAAAAGAACAGAUAAAGAUUUACACAAACAGAAUGAGUUGCCAGACUGUAUAUUUAAGUUCCAUAGAUGUAUCACUACUAUGAUGACAGUUAUACGUCAUCCAGUGUCUCUUCUUUUAUACCGGGAUCCCUCAGCACAUUUACAGUAGAAGCCGCUUAUUGGACACCCCAUUUGCCAGUGCGUUUCGCGCAGUUGUCCGAAUGGUGCAACAAAGCAAUGUUAUUAAACUGGACCGCACCACCACGGGAUUUGGGGAUUAGGUGCAAUUACCAGAAGUGUACGAUUAUCCGUUGUACAUAUACAUGUAUAUGUGUCUUGGCCAUAACCCUGGUAAGGCCUUCCUCACAUUUCCAAACCAGGCCCAACCAGGUAGCUUUUGGGAACAAAAAAUAUGAUAUAAAAGACGCAAAGACGUACACAAGACGUAAAGAGAAUAGUCGUGGGCAUUCUUUGUGUAUAUUUUUACCUAUACAUACUUUUCCACAAACAGCCUAGCCGGGCCCCAGUUUGGAAGUGCCUAAACAGCGAUGUACCAGUGGUAUCACUGUCUGGACUUAUAAUACAAGCUCACAGACAUAUUCCCCUAGGGUACAUAUCCUUUGUCAUCAGUCAUGCAUUUUGAGUUCUGUGGUAGAUACAAUGUCCCUCCUAUCUUUCAAUGGCAACACUUAACAAUAUUUAUCACAGGUUUCUUCCAAACCCCAGAAAAACUCUUGCACCGAGUGCCAACAUAUUGAAAAUCCUUGAUUAUUGCAUAGUGUGCAGAUACUGCAGUAUUUGUACAAAUGUAUCCAAAUUGUAGUAGUGUUUUCAUAACCCUUGCAGUCCCAUGUUCAACUAGAAAUACACCAGUGAAGCUGUGAUGUUUGAUUAGACAAGCAGUUUGUACAUCUUGUGGUCGCUAUGCUUUUCUUACUUAACUAAUCAGAUACAUUUUGUGUCAUGUAUAUAAAGAUUUGAAUAGUACAUGUACAAUAGUUUCGGGACAUUGCAUAUUGAUUUAACAUUGUGCUAUCACUAUUUCUGUGCGAGAGAAUAUAGCACUUCGUCUUGAGCUUUUA